AUGCGCCUCCACUUCGCUGCUCUCCUCGCGCUUGUCGCGUCGCUCGCGUUCUUCGGCGUCGCCCAGGCCCAGGACGCGGUCCCGGCUGCAAGACCCACUCCCGAGGCCUCUCGUGGCUUGCACCACAAGAACGGCGGCCACGCGCACGGCGGCCACGCGCACGGCGGCCACAACAAGCACGACAAAGACGCGUGCGUCGGCGCUCUCAUCAGCUCAUACGGCGUCAUCAGCGGCAACGAAUGCGGCGGCACCGGAAAACGUGCCAAGAAGUGCUGCGGCGGCUACAUGUGCAAGGAGGAGUACGGCGAAGUCUCCGUCAAGACAUCCAAGUAUUUGAUCACCUCCACCAAGGCUCCCUACCGAUACUCCGAUGCGCUGGAUAACAGCUGCUGCCUGCCGGAGGAGAAAUUCGACAUCACCGAGCUGCUCUGCGAUGGAGAGCUCGAAGUAUUCUAUGGUAAAAAGUACUGCAAGGAAACGGAGCUCGUCAUCAAGAACUUCGAUUCCUAUUCAACUCUGGACAACCUGGCGUGCCUCUGCUGCGAGGGCAAGUUGGAACUGGAAACUAAAUACAAGUACAACCACGAGUACGGCAGGUACCUCUGCAACUCCGAAGGCGACAAGAACGGCUGCUGCGGCGGCUGCUGA